CUCGCAAGGCGAAGUCAGGAGAGAGAUAAUCUCGGCAUGCUGGUCUGGUCACCUAACCAGAAUCUGUCUGAAGCAAAAUUGGACGAAUAUAUUGCCAUUGCUAAAGAGAAACAUGGAUACAAUAUGGAGCAGGCCCUUGGAAUGCUAUUUUGGCACAAGCACAACAUUGAGAAGUCUUUAGCAGAUCUGCCAAACUUUACUCCAUUCCCAGAUGAGUGGACAGUGGAAGACAAGGUCUUGUUUGAACAGGCCUUCAGUUUCCAUGGGAAAACCUUUCACAGGAUCCAGCAGAUGCUUCCUGACAAAUCAAUAGCCAGCCUGGUGAAAUUUUACUACUCCUGGAAGAAGACAAGGACUAAAACUAGUGUGAUGGACCGUCAUGCUCGUAAACAAAAAAGGGAACGUGAGGAAAGUGAGGAUGAAAUGGAGGAAGCAAAUGGAAAUAACCCCAUUGAUAUUGAAGUUGAACAAAACAAGGAGAGUAAAAAGGAGGUGCCGCCUGCUGAAACUGUUCCUCAGGUGAAGAAGGAGAAGCACAGUACGCAGGCCAAGAACAGAGCAAAGAGGAAACCUCCUAAAGGAAUGUUCCUCUCCCAAGAAGAUGUGGAGGCUGUUUCUGCCAAUGCAACAGCUGCUACCACUGUACUCAGACAACUGGACAUGGAAUUAGUCUCAAUCAAACGACAGAUUCAGAAUAUCAAACAGACAAACAGUGCGCUCAAAGAAAAACUUGAAGGUGAUAUAGAACAAUACAGACUUCCAGAGGUCGUUCAGAAAUUUAAUGCGCGUUGGACCACGGAUGAGCAGCUUCUUGCUGUGCAAGCAAUUAGGAAAUAUGGCCGAGACUUUCAGGCGAUCUCUGAUGUGAUUGGAAACAAAUCUGUGGUGCAAGUGAAAAACUUUUUUGUAAAUUAUCGACGUCGUUUCAACAUAGAUGAAGUUCUACAGGAGUGGGAGGCAGAGCAUGGCAAAGAGGAGACAAACGGAACCAAUAGCCAGAAGCCUGUAAAAUCCCCUGACAAUUCCACUAAAAUGUCCGAAGAGGAAGAUGAGGCUACUUCUGUUCUUGAUGUCAGAUAUGCAUCUGCUUCGUGAGAAGGUGCUGUAGCCUAGAACAAUUUGUGUUGACUACUGUGUUAUCCAGGAUAUCAGGUAUUAGCAAACCUCAGACAGCCAUCUGCAUCAUAUCUGUGGACAAGCAGCUAUUACCAAAAAAAGGCAAACGCUUCCAGUCCUGUGCUACAUCUGCCUUAAUCUCCCCUCAUUCCUCCAUACUGCCUCCACUUUCUAUCAAAAGCACCCAGGUAGCUCAGCUUUCCAUUUCAUCAACGUCCUGCUUAAGCACGGGGAUUUCUAGAACCAGUAACAUCUGUCUCUUGACAAUUGGACUAAUUUUGACCAACCUGCAAAACAAGGAUCUCCUUAGCAGCCCCACAGUGACUCUACACAUUAGGAAUUCUUAUAAUAUUUGGUCCGUAGGGUAUAAGUAUGUAUUGCUGCAUGGCCUUGUGGUCUCCGCUUCCUGUGUAUUCUUACGAUGACACUAUUAUUAGUGAGCUUUCUGUAAAGGAGAGGCCUGUGCACAUACCAACGGUGUCAGGUUUGUUCUGAAAUGACAGGGCACGUUAACAAGCAAUCUUAAGUAAUGCAAAGUGAUAGGAAAUGUUAUUUCUAAGGUUUCAUCAGUCCAAGGCUGUAGAUGUUAACUCAUUAAACUUCUGGUUUGUGCAAUUCUUUCCACUGUAUUUGUGUGUUCUUGCUUCAUAGAAAGCUCCCUAAUUGAGAAUUUUACUCCUGUAUAUUUUAAUGGCUUUUAUUUAGUGCAAAAGGGAAUAAAUAACCUGAAACUGUUUGAUACGCUAUUUAACCCCUGGCAUUCAGCAUUUGCAUUGUAACUUGUUAAAUGAGUGCUACACAACUUUCUUUUUCCUGAUCCUCUGUGGGAUUAAGUCAAAACAACUUUCUCUGGUGCCUCUCCUUUUGGAAUAUGUGCCUUUUUACAUUUGGCUACCAUAGGUCACUCUCUGUCCCAGUGUCUCAUUCCUCUUCAGAGCGCUGUUUGCCAAAGACAUCAAACUACUUCUCCCACUGGAAGUCUGGACAAGGGUUGGAGCACAAAAUUCAACCUUCAGGUACUUUUUGGUCUCUUGGAAGUUUAAUGGAGAAGAACUGGGUUAAUUUCAUUGGCCAUUUUAACCCUUCUGAAGCACACAUCGCUUUCAUGUUCUCAACCAAAAUAUGCAAUUUGAAAUCUAAGAGGUGCUUUUCCAAAUACUUGGUGCACGCAGCUUUCAAAUCCCCAGCCCUCUGCUCAGAUAACCUGUGCUGUGGCCUAUCUGGCUGACUUGAACUGGAGCUGUUCUUCAAAGUCCUGUAUGAGGACUUAGCACCUUGAACAAGGUAGUUAGCUGCUGGCUGCUGAGCAGACAGUGUUCAGAGAAGCUGGAAGCUGCAGUAUUACGUCUUGUCCAGUGGAAAGCUGCAAAAUAACACUAGUCACAAAGCAUUUAAAAAUGGUUAAUGUAGUGAUGUUGGAAGAAACCACCAUGUGUCUUUGCGGGUGAAAAAAAAGGACCUUCUUUGCCUCCCUUCCUCUACGUAGGGUUUAAGCCAAGAUGGCACAGAGCAACGUGUGGCACCAGCCUUCUAACACAACCUGAAAUGAGCUAGUCCACAUCCUGGCCUGCAGCUGAGGUGCUGCAGGUUGGAGUCUAGCCCUGAACUUGGUGCUGAUUUUUGAGCUGCUGGGCUGUGCCAUGUUGUGUGCUGUGACUGCUCUUUUUUUUAUAUCGAAGUGGGGUAGACUAAUGCCAGCUGGCUAAUAGCCAGCUGUGGCUGCACUGCCUGCAGGGUAGACACAACCCAAGAAAGGCAGGGGAGGUAGCCCCAUGUACUCCUGAGGUGGUCUCCUUAGGCCUUGUGUGUGGAAAGUAAUUCAACAUCAGAAAUCAAGCAACAACAAGUAGGCGAAGGAGCAGAUAGGCAUUUCUUAUGAACCCAAAAAGGGCCUGUUUCAGCCACUUUGUGGCUGUUUCUGAGUAGUUUCAUUCUGGUAGCCCCAGACUGAUCCUUUGAGGUGAUGGUAGGAUGGAAGGGAUCCUCGGUAUGGGGAACCUGUAAUCCCAAGUUUGUGUCAACAUCUCUAAAGCUGUUGAUGUGAACUGGCAGCUUUGUGGGCCCCGCGGAUAUUUCUUCAGUCCUGUGACAGUUGGAGUUGGGAGUUUCUUGUGGGAAAGGACACUAGUUGUUAGCCAGUGUGAAUGGAUUAAAGACCGGGCAAAUAGCACUGUGAAUUCACCUGACAGUUCUGGUGUAAAGCAAUGCCACUUAUUAGAAAUACUCUAGUAUUAAACCUUCUGCACAGUACCAAUGCACGGAGAUGGGUCCUCGCCAGUGUGAGGGUUCUGUGAAUUUGCAUCCAGGCUGGUGAAUCUCAUCAAGACAGGCUUCUACUGGCGAGGGAAGUUACCUGUGAGGACUUUUCAUCGGAUUUUGCCCUCAAAUCUGUCCAUCUUAUGAUCAGAAAAGUUGUGUUUUGGCUUCAUCCCCAAGGGGUAGGGGGAAAACAUGUAUAAUUCAUGAUAUUAGGAAGAAAAAAGUUGUUUAAUUACUUUUCAGUUGACUGCUAUCUUAUUGUAGUUGAUACAUACAAUAUAAUAGCACUGUAUCUUAAACGUUUAGUUUUUUUACAUUCUCUUUAACUAUAUUUUUAAGUGCGAUAAACAUUUUAGCUUUUGAAAGUUUAAAUGGUUUAGGUGAAGACCCUCUUUUUCUUCUUAAAUGGGUCAAGCAUUAGAUACAUUAACUGGUUGCAUUCUGAUUAGAAGGGUCCACAAAGAUAACUGCAUAAGAUAGAAUAUUCACUUAAAUUUUGUUUCUUAAACUAUCAAUGUGAAUGUCAUAAUUAUAUAUAUUUUGUGGAAAAUGGGAAAUUAUUUCUCCUAAGUAUAAGUUAUUGUGCAAAAUAUGGUAUCGUUAAAGAAAAUGAUAGUUUAAGUUUUAGUUUUAGGAAUCUGAAAGAUAUAAAAGUGUAUUGCAUAUGCAUAAACAAAUUUCAUUUGUUCUAUUUAAUUUUUAUGUAGUUGUGUAAAGUGCUAGGUAACUUCUUUUUUCGCUUAUCCAAUAAAACAACCUUGUUACUUGAAUAUUCGUGUUUAACUGGUUUGAAACAGUGAUCAAUUUUUGUAAUAUAAUCUUUUAACCAAGGGGAAAAAAAAAAACCAUGCCUCAGUUGUGCUUAACAAUAUAGCAA